GCGCAGUAUGACGUCAAAUUCAAUUGCGCUGAUUCACAUUGGAGACAGACGGAAACAGUACAUGAAGCUAAGACUUUGACUUUUCGAUAGAUUAUUUUGUAUACCGUACUUAACUUUCAUAAGGACAUGUCACAUAACAUUUUUUUGAACAUAAAUGUCCGUAUGUUCAGCACGUUUGGGCUGUCAAUUUUGAAAACGUUUUAGUUUUCCUAAAGCUGGGACGCGCUUUGUGUUCGACUAUUUUUAGAGUGGUGAUUACACAAGGGAGAUUAUUAUAGAACAUUCUAUUUGCUGAAAACGAAAGUAAGCGAUUUUCGUGACUUGCUCGAAUUCCAAAUACAUUUAGAAUGUUGAAACAAUAUUUCACAGACGGUUUGAUUCAGAUUGCCAUAGUUCUGAGUCUUCUACGUACUGAUUUAAAUAAUUAUUUAAAUGUCAAUUAUGUCAACUAUCCAGAAGUUCAAGAAAUUAUACAAGGACAGACGGCUGCAUAUGCCCAAACAAACUUUCAUUUUUCAUUCAACACCCAUUUGGGCUCACCAGAAAUCUACAGGAAGAAUAUUGAUCCAGAUCGUGUUUUUGGAAGAGCAUUCUACAGGGAUUUAACAUCAUUUAGAAGUUCAUCCAUUCGAAGAGAUGAGCUUCAUGUUCCAACAUAUUUGCUUGUGGCGGAAACAUCCAACUUCUUUUCACAGCCACAGGAGCCAAAUGACAAUGAAAAUACUGAUAAUGAAGAUGAAAAUAAUAAUGUACAAGCCUUGCAAAUAGACUCUCAGGCAAUAGAUCAUCUUCAUGAAGAAAGCCAACACUUACUCUCUGUACUGGAGGAAAGUUUUCAUGAUUUGGCCCCUUUACUUCAAAAUCGGCAAGGAUCUGAUCCAACAAGAGAGGACCUGGAUCUGAUUGAAGUGUUAUGGCGCCAGGACAUUGAUCUUGGUAUCGGCAAAGAUGUCUUUGAUCCCAACCUGCGGCUGGAGCUCGAGAGAGAGCGGGAGCUUGAGCUGCAGAAAGAAAGGCAAAAGCAAAAAGAACAUGAAUUGCUUCAGAAGAAGUUAGAAGAACAACAUCGUAAUGAGCAACAGAGAUGGCUGCAUGAUAACUUCACGCAAGAUGGGGAGACAGGUGAGUGGGUGCCUUUGGGUGGGUCCAGGGUUCCACCCCCACCCCCAGGCAUUGAUCUCAACAAUCUUCAACAGGAGCAGUUUGUUUCCACUUUCGAUGCGAUUCCCUCCAUGAUGGGAGACGGUAUGCUGCAGGAAGCUAACAACUAUGACACGAUGCCCCCUCCCCCGCAGUACCCCUCACAGCAGGGUGUAGCCAACAAUCAUAGCCAACAGUCCAUGUACAAUUCAAGUUACAAUGGAGGAAGGGGCCUAAACAACAUGAACCUGAGUGUGGGCUGCAGGCCCCAGAUGGCUGCUCAGCACCCCUGCACCCUGGGACACCAGCUGUACCCCUCCCAUCACCAGCAGAACCAGUACAGUGGUAACCAUAGCUACAAUCACCAUCCACAGAAUUACACUCAUCAACAGAACAUAACGCACCAUCAGCAGCAGCAAGUGCACAAUCAGACUCGUCAUCAUCAUCAGCAACAACAGCAGCAGCAAAGUGACCAGAUGGGUGGCCAGAUGAGCCUGGAGGCCACAUGGCAGGACCUGGUGAACAUCCUGGAGCUUCCCCAGGCUAACCGCACCCCAGGCGAGGAGGCCCUGCUAAACAUGAGCCUGCCCAGCCAUGGUAUGGGCGCACACAUGCCCAACGCCAGCGCAGUGCUCAUUCAGAAUGCAUCCAUGCCCACACCUGCUCCUAUGAGUGGCAAUAUCAGCUUUAACAACACUGGUAUGGUGUCCCAGUGCCACGGGUCUCCCUCCCACAGCUCCAGCCUGCUCUCCCCCUGCAGUGUCAGGGAGGGGUUCAACUCCAGCAUGCCUUCGGGCGGACCCUUCAGUGGCCUCAACAUGGACCAGCAGGGGGAUGGGUUCUUCCCAAACAUCACAUCGGUGUUAAGCACGGAGGACCCGACCCUUGACAAUAUCAAUGACUUCCUGCCUGACCUUGAAGAUGACUUGGAGGACAUUAACUUCUCUGAGAUGGGCAUCGAUGAUGCAGAUCUGGUCCAUAAGCCGUCAACCAGCAGCAAGAAAGAAGACAGCAGCGACUCUGCAGUGUCCAUGGGAAGUGCAGAAUCCCCAGAUCAGAAUGAUUUCAGUGAUUCUGACAUGUCCCCUUUUGACGGCAUUGAAGGUGCUACUGGGGGACAGGAUGGGUCAACGUUCCCCAAGACAUCCAAGUACGAUCCGGACGACUUCAGAUACAGCAAUUCUUGCAGCUAUAGCAGUGGUGGAGACAGCAACUGUUCGUCAAACUUCAGUUCUGGUUCUAAUGACACUGGAAGCGGCAGCCAUUUUGGAUCAAGUGGCAGUUUUAGUCCCAACAGCAAUGGCCACAUCAAUCACAAUCACACAUACCCGCUCAAGCCUGGGCAAGACCCCAAAGACUAUACCAAAAAGAAUCUUAUGAGAGAAGGAAGGCACAAGGGUCCACAAUCAAAAGAUCACAAAAGGGUAGCAGAACUUAAGAUUCCAUUCACAGUUGAUCAAAUAGUGAAUUCGCCUGUAGAGGAAUUCAAUGAAAUGAUGACAAAACACAAGUUUUCGGAUCAGCAGUUACAAUUAAUAAGGGACAUUAGGAGAAGGGGUAAAAACAAGGUGGCAGCUCAAAACUGUCGGAAAAGGAAGAUAAAUGUGCUAGAGCAUCUGGAGGACGAGAUGGGUACGCUGGAGAAAACGAGAGACAAAUUAUUGCGUGAGAGACACUUAAUGGACAAGCAGACUCUUGAAAUGAAAGAGAAACUUGGACUAAUGUAUUCAGAAAUCUUUCAUUCUUUGCGAGACGAGCAUGGUCAUCCGUAUGACCCAGCCAGAUUCUCACUACAACAGUCCAGUGAUGGUGACGUUUUUCUUGUGCCCAGAAACUACACAUUUGAAGAUGAAUCAAUGAAGAAGAAAAAAAGUGAACAAAAGUGAACUUGUUGAUUGAAUUAUUAUGUUGAAUUGAAGGGAAACUAACUGUGAUCGUCUGCUUUGUCAAUCUCUUCUCUUUUUUAUGUGUACCACAAUUAUCGUUUGGAUUUUAUUUAAAAGCAAAGGCUUGUGUACUAUUUUUGGCUGGUGGAUCAGCUUAAAAUCCAAAGCCAUCUUGUAAAAACGUAAGAACAUUUUUGCAUGUUUCAUGCUUUUCUAUUUAGACACAUGAGUAAGGUUAAGUGACUGGUUCAAAGGUCAUUUAUUUACAUGGAGGAGCAAGAUAAGAAUGUUUAUGGAGGGUGCUAUUUGCUGAAUAUUAAAAGUGAAUGUAUAUAUGGAUAUUAAGUGCUAUUUGCAAAACACUCCUGCUUAAAAGCAUAAUGAAAUGUACUACAACUGUGUACAAUACUGCAUUAUUGUACUUUAAAACUAAGAAAUACUGCAGGAACAGUGUGAUUGAAUGUUUAAGUGGUUUAUAUAUAUAUAUAUAUAUAUAUAUAUAUAUAUUAUAAAAAGGUUGCUUUAUCAUAUAUCAUUACUCUUUGUUUUUCAGCAUAGUCUGCUUAGGCUUUCUCUGAACUAUUUGAGAGAAAUUUGCUCAAAUCAUUUUUCUGCAUAAAUGAUAUCAAUAUCAACAGAAAUUUGCCAUGGGAAUUGUUUUAUCAAUGAGUUCUGAUAUCAAUAUCAACAGAAAUUUGCCAUGGGAAUUGUUUUAUCAAUGAGUGCUGAUAUCAAUAUCAACAGAAAUUUGCCAUGGGAAUUGUUUUAUCAAUGAGUUCUGAUAUCAAUAUCAACAGAAAUUUGCCAUGGGAAUUGUUUUGUCAAUGAGUGCUAUUAUCAAUAUCAACAGAAAUUUGCCAUUGGAAUUGUUUUAUCAAUGAGUGCAGGGAUGAUACUCAAAGUUAGUGUACAUGGCAUACAUAUAUUAUGGGAUUGAAACUAUCAGUGUGUUUUUAUCACUGCAUAUUGUCAUUUUUCAUUUCUCUAAGAGGUGACAAGUUUAUUAAUUACUUGCAUUUAUUUCCCUAUCAACUUCUAAGAAGCAAUGAAACAAUAUGCACUUAAGUCAUGUUGCAGUUGAAAAAUAUAAACCAGCUCACAAAAGUUUGAAUUUAGAAGACUGAGAUCUUCUAUUGUAAUUUACAGCGGAUGCCAUUUUAAUUAUUGGCACCAGCAAGUUGGUCAGAUUAACAAAAGGUUUGAUGUGGAAAGAACUACUGAAGAAAGUUAAAAUGUACAUAGUUGUAAAUUGUAGUGAGUUUUUGAUUUUCCUAUGUACUCUACAUAUCAAUAUACAGUGUGCAUAGGCUUCAAAGAGUGUUAGACUUGAUGGUUGAAAAGCAAGGAUUAUGUGUUUAAAUACCGGUGUUUUUCUAAUAUGCAAUAUUAUGGCUAAUGACAAUACAUUGACCAAACUUGAUUUGCAUACUUGACUAAUUUAUAUUUGGUUUGUCAGUUACAUCAGUGUUUUAAUGCAACUUUUCACCAUCACUACCUUUAUUGUUAAAAAAUGUACCCAGUUUCAUUUCCUUCAGUACCCAGCUUUUUUAAAGCUUUGUAUAGGUUUAAACCUUCUGAUAGGUUUUUAGGAUUAAAUGGUCAUGUUGUCAAAACUGCUCUUUUCUUACUCUCAGGAAUCUCUUUCAACAACACACUUUAUCAUCAUGGUUUAUUUCAUUGGUAAACUUAACUAAAUCCAUAUUAUGUCUUAAACCAAGCAUUCUUUCUAAAUAAUACAUUCCAGUUAAAAAAUGCUUAAAUACUUGUCCAUGUUCUGUAUUUUAUGUUCUUUUCAAGACAAUUACUAAUACUUAAAUGUUUGGUUUAAGGCUGAUGCAUUUUUAGCUCAUCUAUUUUUUGAAAAAAAAUUAUGAGCUAUUGUCAUCACCUUGGCGUCGGCGUCGGCGUCGGCGUUGGCGUCGGCGUCCGGUUAAGUUUUGCGUUUAGGUCCACUUUUCUCAGAAAGUAUCAAUGCUAUUGCAUUCAAACUUGGUACACUUACUUACUAUCAUGAGGGGACUGGGCAGGCAAAGUUAGAUAACUCUGGCGUGCAUUUUGACAGAAUUAUGUGCCCUUUUUAUACUUAAAAAAUUGAAAAUUUUGGUUAAGUUUUGCGUUUAGUUCCACUUUUCUCAGUAAGUAUCAAUGCUAUUGCAUUCAAACUUGGUACACUUACUUACUAUCAUGAGGGGACUGGGCAGGCAAAGUUAGAUAACUCUGGCAUGCAUUUUGACAGAAUUAUGUGCCCUUUUUAUACUUAGAAAAUUGACAAUUUUGGUUAAGUUUUGUGUUUAGGUCCAUUUUAUUCCUUAAGCAUCAAAGCUAUUGCUUUCAUACUUGCAACACUUACUAACUAUCAUAAGGGGACUGUGCAGGCAAAGUAAUGUAACUCUGACUGGCAUUUUGACAGAAUUAUUUGCCCUUUUUAUACUUAGAAAAUUGAAAAUUUGAUUAAGUUUUGUGUUUAGGUCCACUUUAUUCCUACAGUAUCAAAGCUAUUGCUUUCAUACUUGCAAGAUUUAUGAACUAUCAUAAGGGGACCGCGCAGGCAAAGUUAUGUAACUCUGACUGGCAUUUGGAAGGAAUUAUGGGCCCUUUAUACUUAGAAAAUUGAAAAUUUGGUUAAGAUUUAUGUUUUGGUCCACUUUACCCCUAAAGUAUCAUAGAUAUUGCUUUCAUACUUGGAACACUCACAAACUAUCAUAAGGGUACAGUAAAAGGACAAGUUGCAUAACUCUGGUUGUCAUUGUUACGGAAUUAUGGCCCUUUUUUGACUUAGUAACUUUUAAUAUAUGGUUAAAUUUUGUGUUUCGAUCCACUUUACUUCUUAAGUAUCAAGGCUGUUGCUUUCAAACUUCAAAUACUUACAUGCUAUCAUGAGGUUACUGUACCUGGCAACUUGAAUUUUACUUUGA